AUGUGGAAGUGGCUCUCACGGUGUGUACCCGGGCUGAGCCUGCUAGCACUGGUAACCCUACUCGUGCUCGCUUUUCCCGACACUGUGAGCUGGAUUCAUAUUCCAUGGUCAGGAAAAGGGCCUGCUGCGCCCCCUCACCAUGGUAAUGAUGACUGGCAAGCACAUCAGGGCACACUGUCAAUAGCACAGAAAGUAUUUAUUGGCUACACUGUGUUUGUGCAUGGCAAUGCCUUCACCUUCUCGCUGCGUUUGGCCUGGGCGCUCUCGCAGAUGGUCCGCCAGACUCGUGCUGUCCUCCGCCGUCGCCCGUUGAGCAAGACAUUCCAUGGUCCUGCCGGUUCGGACUCACCCACCUUUGCCGAAAUUCCUACAGAUAUACCGGACCCGAUGAGCUUUGAUCUGGGCGCGCUGGAAGACGGAGAGCAGGGAGAGGUGGUGCAUGCCAUCAUCUUGCCCAACUACUCGGAGGACUUGGAUACACUGGAGACUACCUUGAAGGUGCUUGCUAGCCACCCUCGGGCAGCCAAUCAGUACGAGGUCUUUCUCGCUAUGGAACAGAAAGAGCUCACAGCCCCUGAAAAGGCAGUCGCCCUGAUUUCCAGCUUUCAGGGCCACUUCAAAGACAUCUGCAGCACCUUCCACCCCUCUGGUCUAAAAGGAGAGAUCAGUGGCAAGAGCUCGAAUGUCGCCUGGGCAGCAAAGCACAUUGUACAAACCCACAAAUCCGAGGACCAUGCUCUCAAUUUUGGGGAUAUCAUCAUUACUGUUAUGGAUGCGGACACUCACCUGACGCAAGACUACUUCAACGAAAUCCGCCGCCUUCAUUGGUUGCAUUACAAAGAUGCUGACCACGCCCUGUACGCAUCGCCUAUCAUCUUCGAUCGCAACUCGAAUGAUGUCCCUAUAUUAGUGCGCUGUGCCGACUUGCUCUGGGGAUUUGCUGGUAUCUCUGCAAUGUACCCAGGCUGCCCAAUUGUGAUCCCUACCUCAGUCUAUUCUUUGUCCCUGAAUUUGGCAGAAAAGGUCGGGGGUUGGGAUGGCGACGCGACUGCCAUCGGGGAAGACAUGCACAUGCUUCUCAAGUGCUAUUUUGAAACCGGCGGCGACGUCGUGACCCAUGUGAUCUACAGCCCUGCCAGUCAGUGCAACAUCCAAAGCAGCGGUGAUGGUAACUGGGGUCCCUAUACCUCGACGCUUUUCGCUCGCUAUCGUCAAGCGCUGCGCCAUAUGUGGGGGGCUCUCGACACGGGAUACUCGGUGCGUCAAAGCGUGGGCGGAAUGACGAGCAGACCGCAUUUAGGCUUCAAGCCUCGCCAUAUUGCCUUGUGUCAUCUCCUGUUUGAGGCUCAUUUCCUGCCUUGCCACCUGACAAUUCUGCUCUUGUUCUCCUCCAUCUACACGAGCCUUUUCUCACCUUCGCAUAUGAAUCCUGCAUUAGAAUGGGCCUUUUUCAUUACGGGGUUCCUUCGCGGACUCUCGUUUGUGGGGAUGAAUCUGUGCAUUACUCUAUACGACCGCUGGCACUCGCUCUGCGUGGAUUCGCGUGCCCGAGACAUGUCCAGGGCUGGCCUUAGCGAUACGGGACUGUCGUUCCGUGUCUGGUAUCGUCCGCAACAGCUGGCAGAGCGCAUCUGCUUCCCGAUCGCCGGCACUGUCUUUGGGUCUAUUCCGGCCAUCCACGCCGAGAUGUCGCAUUUUUGGACUGAUCGACUUGUGUACAGGGUUAGUAAGAAGCCGUCGUUUGCUUCUUCGCCUUCUUCUUCGUCGCCGGGUUCGCCGCUGGCUUUUCCUGUUUAG